AUGCCAGCCCGCGAGACACCGACGGGCAACUGGAAGUGCACCGCCUGCAGGCCACAGAAUGGAGCGAAGUACAGUUUCUGCUGGAAGUGUUGGAAUCAGCGGGGCAGCCAGAAUGCCCAGCCCAAGCCUCCCGCCACCAACGGCAUCGCGUCGAGCCAGACCGAGCCAGACCAGUCCAACGACGAGAAGCAAGCCAACCUCGUGCAGUUCCGCACACGGUUGAGCGAACUGCGCCGCAUCGCCGAGGACGAUUGCUGCUGGCAGGCGGACUCAACGCGCAGGUGGCCUGCCUUCGAGGAGCAGGUCGCCUCAGCCCAGGCAGACCUUGAGACCAAGGUCCCCCGCUGCUUCACGGAGUGCCGCGUGGUCAGAGACCGCAACCGUGUGGCAGACCAGAAAAACAAGAGCGCAGGCCGCAUCGCCGACAUCGAGGCGACGCUGGCCAAACAGCAACAGGUACUCACCGACGAACAAGCGGUACACGAGCGCUUCGCCGAGAAGCUGGACACGUUCAAUGCCAAGAUCGACGAGCUGUCGGUGCCGGCGCCAGGAAACAGCUGGACUUCGGCAGCGGAGUUCCUGCAGCAGGUGGCCAAGCGCUUGGAGGACAGCCAGGCCAAAGACCCGAAGGUGGAGGACGCGCUGGCCCACGCCCUGGCGAAGGCCAAGGAGGAGGCCGAGCGGAGCGCCGCCGCCGAGAAGGCCGAGGAGGAAGCUGCGAAGGCCAAGACGAAAAUGGAGGUGGACCAGGCCAACACGGGCCAGCACGCUGCAGGCAAAGGCCGGGCCAAGCGCCGCGAGCUCGACAGCGGGGCCAUCGCCGAGGAGGAACUCCUGGAGUUCGCAGCGGGCAGCAGCGCCGCCGCCGUCAAGCAGGCGCUAUUCGAUGGCGGCGUCACCUCUGAUCAGGCUGAUAAGUACGACGCUCCUCUCAAGCUGCUGCUGGACGGGCUCGAGAGCGGCCGCGGCUCCGCGGGCCACCUGGCCGUCGCGCGGGUAGACGCCGUGCUUCCGAAGGGCUUGCACUGCGGCAGCGUCUACCUCUGGCACGGCGAGGGCCUCGCCACCAGAAACAAGAUGAUCCUGCUCAAGUGGGAGGCCACAGUAGAGGCCACGCACCACGCAUGGGUCUUGGGCGGGGGCUUCAACGCGGGCCCGACCGAGCUGCGCACCUCGGGGCUGCUGGGCAGGACGAAGGGCAUCAUCGCGCACGACCGGCAGUUGGGCUCUUGCGACGCAGGAGGAGGGGCGCGACACACGCGGGACUUCUUCAUCGUCUCCAGGCGCUUGAUCGCUGGCCCGCUCGAGGCCACCGCGCAGGAGGGCUACGACGCGGCGCCCCGCCUGCCCGUCGAGCUGGAGAUAACGAAGCAGGCCCGCAACGCCAGGAAUACCUACAAGCUGAUCAAGCCCAAACGGUGGCCCCUCGCGCUGCCCACGGGCCGCGCCGCACCGCCUACACCGCGGCCGCGGCCCCUCGCCAGACAGGGCCACCGCGUGCAGGAUGACAUGGGCGAGCGCUGGAACGCCGUGGGGCAGGCGCGCGCGAGCCACCUCAGCCGCCACUUCAACUACGAGGGCGACGAGCUCGUCGAGCGCACGGGCCACUUCGAGCUGCCGACGCACAGGCUCAAGGACCUGCACGACAGCGCGCCGGCCUGGCUCGCCAAGGGCCGCGACGACGCCAACCUCGAGUACAGGGUGGGCGCGCUGGCCGAGAGCCUCCUCGGCCAACCCAUCGCGAUGCCGUUCUUCUCCAGGCGCGCCCCCGACCAGGAGCAGUGCGCGGCCGAUCGGGGGGGCGCCGUCGACGAGAAUGAUGACGAGGCGUUGCCGAGGGUGUCUGAGGGCCGCCAGUUGGAACAACAUCUGCUGGCCAGACAUCGCGAGCACGCUGGGCUGUUCACAGCUGACGCGGCCACCGACAGCGAGCGCAGCUACAUCCUCUGCAUGAUCAAGCUGCUGGAUGUCUCCAGCCGCCGCAGCUGGCCGACAGCGCACCGCGCCUCGGCCGCCAGGUGGAGGCGUCGGGUGCGCACCCAUGAACAGAAAGGGGCUGGUGCCAUCCACCGAUGGGCCAAGCCCGCCAACCCGCGGCAGCCGCGGGCCACCGCGGGCGACACGCAGAACCUGGAGGACCACGCGCUCGUGCACACCCAGGCCGCUGCGGACAACGCGCUGGAGGGCUGGGAGAGCAUCUGGGGCGACGCUCUGAACGAGCAGGACCCCUGGCUGCAGGCCCCCACGGACCUGGAGACGGCGGAGUUUCCGCCGCCCCCCAUCACCCCGAAGCAGGCCAUGGACAGCAGCGGGCGCUUCCGCCCCAAGACGGGCGGCUACGCUGGUGCAGCGCGCAUCGCCAGCGUACUGAAUACCGCGGGGGCGGGGGCUCCCUGGCCCACGGCGCAAGCCACCAUCCUGUUCUACUUGCUGGCCAAGCCGCAGGGCGGCUACCGCGACCCCGGGCUGAUUCCCGAGCUGGCGAGGCUGUGGGGGACCAUCCGCAUGCCGUGCGCGCGGAGCUGGGAGACCAAGAACAGGCGCGACUACGACUGGGCAGCCCGAGGCAGGUCCAGCGAGCGGGCGGCGUGGGCGCAGGCCUUGUUCUGCGAGUCCAGCGUCGCCCAGGACCUAGACUACGCGGUCGCGUAUUUCGACUUGGUCAAGUGCUUCGAGUUCGUGACGCACGCAAAGGUCUGGGAGGCCGGGCUGCGCUGGGACUUCAACCGCAUCAUCCUGCGGGUGCCCCUGCGGAUCUACUCCACGGUGCGGAGGGUCGUUUUGGCAGACUGCUACGCAGAGGGGCGCCGCUGGGCACGCGGCAUCGUGGCGGGCAGCCGCUUCGCGGUGAUCUCCGCCGAGCUGGGCGGGAGCAUGGGCAUGCAAGUCUCCAAGGGUGAGCGGGGCGAGACCGCCGCCAUGACCUCGGCCCCGUCGCUCCGGCUCACCAGAGCCAAGCGCAUCAGGCCGAUGAACCUGCACAUGGCGACCUCCGAGAACCACCUGGGCAUCGCCACGGCCGCGGGCCGACGCAGGCGAGUCACCGCCUUCUCCAAGCUGGCCGUGGACUUCGCAGCGAGGCGGGAUCGCAUCGCCAGGAUCCGACGCGCAGGUGGGCCAGCUGAGAGAAUUGUGCGACAAGUCAAGCUGCUUUCACUCUUGCACGGGGCGCAGGUCAUGGGCAUGGCGGACGCCAAGGUCGGGGAGCUGCGCCGGAGCGUCGCCUCCUCGUACAACGGCGACGCAAAGGGGCGCUCCACCCAUCUGGUGACGCUUCACAGGCUGCUGGGCUCAGCGCACCGCGCGGUGCCACCCGCGGGCCCGUGGAGCUACGUCGACGACAUCGCUGGCAGAGCGCUACGCUUGCAGAUACCGUCAAAGACCAAGCUGGUGGCCAGCUGUGAUGAGAUCGGAAUGGAACUGCAGAAGAGGCAAAGGAAGAAAGGCGACGUUGAUCCACGCUGGGUGGGAUCCACAGCCUCCGCUGGUUUGGCAUCGUCCGCUCUCGGGCGGCACGAUCGACGACUGGAUUUCCCCAGCAUCGGUGAUGGGCAGUUCGGCACAGCAGCGAUGGCGCAUUUCGAUGAUAUGAUUGGCGCUUGCAUGGAUCGCAUGCUGCAGGCGAGGACCUGGUUGACGGCGCCGACCGACAUGACGACGGUGCGAAUCGAGCUGAACCGCUUCGCCAAGCGCAUGCAGUUUGAGGAGUGGCCCGCUGACCUUGCAGUCGUGGGGGGCGGCCAGUGGAUUCGUGAGAGGCUUGCUGCAGGCUGCGCCCGCCCGCCCGCGUGCCCCCGCUGGAAAGAAGGGCUUGACAUUUUAGUGCCUUGCAUUAGGACGUGCGCCGCGAACCGCGGGCGCGAGGAUUUUGAGAAGAUUGAUUUCCUGUUCCCCCAAGCCCCCGCGAGCCUCGGCGCGCAGCCUGCGCUGCGGUUCCGCGGAGUGUCCCCUAAGAACCUUGCGGUGCUCGAGUUUGCGGAGAUUCCUGAGGUGGCCCAGAAGGCGCAGGAUGUGCAUGUAUAUUGCCCCGAGGAGCAGGCUGCUCACAAUCGCCUCGACCCGUUGCCGCGCGCCGCACCGUUGGAUCCGGGCGAGACGCUGGGGCCACCUGCUGAGUAUGGCGAGGGUUUCGAGGCGAUCUCGGGGGAGGCGAGCGCGGGCGGGGCGCUCCUGCGCCCCGACCGCCGUCUCGCCAAGAUGAAGGCCCACGGGGUGUUCUUCGCAAGGCGCUUGGACGCGCGGCCAUGGCCGAUGCGAAGAAUCUCGCAGGGGCUUGCGAGGGAGGCCGACCCGCUCGACGAGUAUGUUAGGGCCCCGCCGGCCCGCCACCCGUGCGGGGCGGCGGCCCUCAUGGGCUCCGAUGCCGAGGAGGACAGCGGCGACAGCGAUUGGUGCCGCGCGCGCGGACCGAGCUUGCUCGACGCGACUUCCGCCGUCUCCGAGGUCGCGGAGGCUGCGGCGCGCGGCGUGUUGUCGAGCGCCGGCCUGGCGUUGAAGAUGUUGGUGCCUGGCGCGGGUCACAGAGCCAGGCAGCUGCCGCCGACGCUGGAGGUCUGA